AAUAGUUUUUGUGAUUUUACCUCACUUUAGUCUGGGAUUGUUGUCCGACUACAAGAUCUGUGGAGAUUCUGAAUGUGAAAGCCUGAUGAGCAGAGUGCAUGCCAUCAGGGACCACCAUGGUAAGGACUGCCGUUUCCUGAGCUUCAGACAGGGAGACACCAUCUUUGUUUACCAUAAACUGAGCGGAAGAAGAGAAGAUCUGUGGGCAGGCAGUAUCGACAAACAGUUUGGCUAUUUCCCAAAGGAUGCAGUGCGAGAGGAGGAGGUUUAUGCUACUAAGGAGAAAGUAGUGGAAACACAGGCAUCUGAUUUCUUCUGUAUGGAUGAGUUUGAUUACCCCAUUGACUCCAGUCAUCUGGACAGUGAUGAUAAUGAUGAUCAUGAUGAUCAGAAAGUCCAAAACCAGGAGUCAGAAAGCACCCAAACCACUCCAUACACCGGUGAUGACACAAAUGAAAGUCCUUCAACAUCUGCAGAUGUUUCUACAGAAUCUCCAGUUUCAGCACAGGAAGCUGAUGUUACAUCAACAAAAGAGGACGAAAACAAAAAUGCUGGCGACGCUGCUGCUGCGGCCGGGACUCACGAGGAAGCACGGGAGACUUCCGCGGCUCUGAACGAACAAGCCGAGGCCAGCUGUGUUGGUGAAUCAUGUCCAACUCACAGCAAAGAUAAGGAAAAGGCCGCUGAGGACGAUUCCUCUGUAGGACUGGAUGACAACACGCCAAGAGAUGAAUGGAUCGAGGUGGACAAAGACAAAGAUGGACGACUGAGUGAAGGCACAGGCAGCGAGAGAGAGACUGAGGAUGAGAGAAAAGAAAAGAAGGGAAAAAGAGGUGAAGAACAGAGAGUGAGAGCGAGUCAGCCAGGAUCACCACAGCCUCUGGAAGGGGUGAUGAGGCACAUUCUGGACUUUCUUCAUCAGAUCGCUGAAGACUCAACCAUUCAUGUUCAUGCAGUGAGGGAGCUCCUCACAUGGCUUACUGUACAGGUUGUUUUGUCACUGCCUGAUGACAUCAGACCCGGGCCAGACCUGUAUGGGGUACCAUGGGAACCGGUCAUCGUCUCCAGUCUGGUGGGGCUGGUGACAAUACUGUUGUUCACCUGUAGAUGUCACAGCUCUUUCAAAAGCAGAAUGUAUCGAAGUAAAGAGCGGUGGAUGGGUGAGCAGGUUGCGGAGCUGCUGGAUGAGAAGUGUAAAGUCCUUGAGACUCUCAGCAAGUGUCAACAAGAGUAUAAUGAACUGGAGAGCUCACUGAAGGACAGUGGAGUCUUGGCCCAAACUCAAAAGGCAGAAUACCUUGAGGUCAAAGCCAGACAGUUGGGACAGGCUAAAAGGGAGCUGGAGAGGGAUCUUGAACAACUGAAGGAUCAACUGGACCAGGAGAGAGAACACAGGAUAGAGCAAGAAAAGAGGAUGGUGGUGCUUGAAGAAAGCAUGAAAACAUUUGAAGAAGAAACCAAAGACCUCCAGUCACAGGAAGAGCAGGCACAAACCACUCUGAAAGUGUACAGUAUGAACAGUGACAGACUACAGAGAAAUCUGGAAACGGCUGGAGAGGAGAACACACUGCUACAGGAGAGCAACGCUCAGUUGAGGCAGCAGGUGGAGGGAUGGGCAGAAAGAGUGAGUGAGUUGGAGUCGGAGAUGAGCAGGUGUGAGGUCGCCCACAGCGGGAUGCUGCAGGAUGUGGCCAACAAGGAUGAGCGUAUAAUGUCUUUGACUGAUCGGCUGCUGAGGAUGAAAGCUUGGGAUUCGGACCUGGAGGAGGAGCAAGGUGAGGGAGGAGGAGAGAAGGACGCUUCCAAUGGUACAGCAGGAAGAGGAGAGGCGAAUGGAAGAAGAGACAUUAUGGACACACAAGGCCAUCUCCAGAAAGUCCAGAAACUUAUCUAUGCUGCUAAGCUCAAUGCAGACCUCAAAUCUGUAGAUGAAGACAAGGACAGAUUAUUUGCCAAAUUGAACGAUGAAGUCAAAGCUAAAGAAGACCUGCAAGUGAGCAUUAAGGAGCUGGAUAAUGAGAAAUUAUCUCUACAGUCAGAUGCUGAGGAGUACUCCGAUCAGGUCCAAAGAUUACAACAGAAACUCCAGAUUAUGACAGAAAUGUACCAGGAGAAUGAGCUCAAGCUGCACAGGCUGCUGACAGUGGAGGAGAAGGAGCGCAUGCAGAAAGAGGACAAGUUAAACAAAGCGGACAAAAACAUUGCGAUGGCCAUGGAAGAGCUCUGCAACUAUAGACAACGAGCAGGAGAGAUGGAGGAAGAGCUGGAGAAAACCAAACAGUCUUACCAGACUCAAAUAUCAGCGCAUGAGAAGAAGGCUCACAAUAACUGGCUGGCAGCCCGAGCAGCAGACAGAGAGCUGUCAGACAUCAGGAGAGAGAACGGCCUCUUCAGACAGAAGCUGACAGACACGCAGUUUAAACUUGACGCCCUGGACAAAGAUCCCUACGCCUUGGACAGCCUGGCUAGACCACUGCCUUUCAGAGCUGAAAGGUCACCAUACGGUCCAUCUCCUCUGGGUCGACCUGCAUCUGAAACCAGACCUUUUCUGUCCCCUCCUACGUUAAUGGAUGGACCACCUGCUCGACUGUCUCCUAGAGUGCCUCGUGGUCCAAUGGAGCCCCCAGGUGGCCAAGGAGAGAUGGAGCGGAUUGGAGGUCCCCAUUCAGACAGUGGCUCAAUCUCUCCUACAUGGGAGAGAGAUCGUAGGGGCCCGCCACCAGGACCCCCCGGGCCCUUAGGACCUCCAGGCUAUAUGUUCCCGGAACCAGGAGGUCCCAUGUACAGGAGACCUCCUCCAGGAGCUCUGGGCCUUUUGCCUCCUCCCGGCCCUCUCCCACCCGGCCCUCUCCAUCCGAGGGGUCUCCCCUUGGGUCCCCCUCACCCAGGGUUAGACAUGGCGGCAGAUGGCUCGUACAGAGAAAACAGCCUCGUGCCUGGUGAACAGGAACACAGAGAGCAGGGUGGUCCUGGUGAUCGAAGGACUCCCCCUGAAGCUGAUCCAAGGAUGGGGGGCGCACCCCCUCCUGGACACCCAAUGGGCCCCAUGGGCCCCAUGGACGGUCCCUUUCUUCGUAGAGCCCCCUAUGGACCACUGCCUCAUGAUUUCUACCCUCCCAGGGGACCUGGGGGCCCUCCCAUGAUGCCUAUGUGGGCCCCUCGACCUCCAGGGAUGAUGUUCCCUCCUCGCUUCCCUCCCGGUGGACUUCCUCAUCCUCACUACGCUCCCCCAAUGCGGCCCCCUCUGCCAGACGGCCACCCACAUCCCUCCAUGGGUCCUCCCCCUCAUCAGCAGUCCCUCCCCUCCCCGCCACACAGCCAGUCGCCAGAGGAGCACACACCCUCGCCUGAAGACGCCAUUUGAGAAGAGGUUUAGCUCUGUGGUAGAUGGAUGAUUGGGCAGGUUGCUGUUUUCCAUCGUUCUAAGCAUAUUAACAGGAGGAUGUAUUUAAUGAAGGGUGUGAGGGCAGGGCAAACCAUCAGCCUUCAUGAGUCCAAUAUGUUGCCGUCUGUCUGCUCCUGCUUGGGCUCUCUGCUCUGUUCACAUCCUUUCUUCUCUCUCUCUUCUGCCCUGUCACUUGCCUUUUUUCAAGCUUCAUUCAUGAAGUAGUUCCUGUUGUUGUGGAGUCACAGUAGCAGCUUAAUCUGUGUGUGUCUGUGUGUGUUUGUGUGUGGGAAUUUUGCCAUGUGAACCCAGAAACAGUUGCUUGUUUGGUCGACAAUGGCAGAAAAGUUUUUAAUGGCUCUUAGGUUGAAAAGUGUGCAUGUAGAAAUGCUGUAUGUGUGGUAUGUGGCAGAGAAUGGGAGUGUUUUUACGUAUGGCUUCAGUCAGCAUUUCAUCCCGAAAGAGAAAUGAUCAUGGGCUAAAUAAAUGCAUCUUUUUAGGCCAAAUACAAUAUGUUUUAUUAUACCAACGCUCUUGCUACUGUCGGCAUAAUUUUGAAAUUAACGACAGCGUUGUUGUCGACCUGGAUUCAACUAAAUCGGAUCCCACCAGGUCUGCGGCUGAGACAAUGUUAAACUCUAAAUAUUGAGGUAAAAUGAGACCGUUUCUUAAAAUAAUAAUAAUAAAGUGCACAACUUAAUUUCACUGGCUUCCUUGAGAGGAUUUAGCGUUCAUAAACAAAGCUAUUACUUCAAACCAGUCAGUAAACGAUGCUUUUGAUUAUGUUACAGUGACUUGCAUAUGGCCGAGGCUUAAAAAAAGUGGCUUAUGUAUUCUGUGUGCUGUGACUCAUCCUGGCAGUCACAUGUGAAUUAAAUGGACUGACUGGAAGAGACAGAAAGUUGACACCCAUGUGAAUUUUGUAAAAAGUGAUUAUUAAUAGAUAAAAAUAAAGACUGUCAAAGUGU